UUCAAAUAUUACCCCUCUCUCUCUCUCCUGCCCGUACUUUCUCUCUCUAAAGGACCGGGUUUUUUUUUAACACAGUGGCGUGAAGCUGAAGUUUGGUGUAUUUAUCAGAAGGAAGUGUUGUUUUUUGAAGGGAGAAAUGGGGAAGAAUGAUCAAAGAGUUGAAGCUGUUCUUGAGCUUCUUCGUAAACAAGCCCCACUUUCAGUUAAACAGGAGAAAUUUUGUUGUACGGCGUGUGUUGAGCGGUUCCUGAAGGCUAAAGGUGACCAUGUCAAGAAGGCUGCUAAGAGCUUGAGAGCUUGCCUUUCUUGGAGAGAUAGCAUUGGCAUUGAUAAUCUGAUCGCCGACGAGUUCUCCGCUGAGCUCGCAGAUGGCGUUGCUUAUGUCGCCGGCCACGACCAAGAAUCCCGCCCCAUCCUGAUAUUCCGGAUUAAGCAGGAUUAUCCGAAGUUACGUUCGCAGAAAAUGUUUACUCGUUUGCUAGUGUUCACGCUAGAAGUAGCGAUCGGGACCAUGCCCAAAAACGUGCACCAAAUGAUCAUUCUCUUGGACGCAAGCUUUUUCAGGUCGGCGUCGGCUUUUUUGAACUUGUUUCUUCCGACGCUCAAAUUGGUGGCGGAUUUCUACCCCGGCCGCCUUCAUUCCGCCUUUCUCAUCGACCCUCCGGCGCUCUUCUCCUAUUUAUGGAAGGGUGUUCGUCCGUUCGUUGAGCUAUCAACGGUCACGAUGAUAAUAUCAUCUCUAGACUUUGAAGAUUCGUUGGAUUUCAGCGACUUUGCGGCUUACCCACGAGCCUCCUCCCUCCGAUUCGAUCAAUCAACGGCCAAGAUUGGCUCAUCUGCAUCCUCACGCUUCUCCUUCACCGUAUCCCAUCAUUUCGACUCACUCAAGCCGUGGUAUCUCAGUCUCACCGACACGUCAGCUUCCAAAGUGGGACCCACCAGUCCUUCUCCACUUGGUCCUGCACUGAUUUCUCCACUCAACGCUCGUUCCCUGUCGUUUGCAUCACCGGCUGCGAGAAUGCCACGUGGUGUAAUCAACGAUGGAAGUAGUUACAGCUCGAGGCUGACGAGGAAAAGUCUGUUCCCGUCGACGCCAUUGCCGCCGAAAAGUGCGCCGAUGGUCGGGAAUGGUAAGAAGGUCAAUCAACCAAAGACUCCACGGCCGUCGUUCCUUCAAUCGCCGGCAGUGUUUUUCCGGCGAGAGUGCCACGUCAGUAAAACGGAGAAGAAUCGGGAAGCUUUCCGGCCAUUAUUGAAAUUCUACAGAAGGCCAUACGAUGAGAUGAUUUACAGGUCAAAGAUGAGGCCCCCACUUGGCGGAUUGAUCUCCAUCGUCACUCCAAAUAUCAGACGCCGACACGUGUCAAUGUCUCAACGGUUCUGAUCCACUACCCC